AUGGGAACCCUUUUUCCUCCCAACUCCCUCUCUCCACUUCUCAAUAUCAAACCUUCACCUUCUCUUCAACCCAAACCGAAUUCUCUCUUUUCCUGCAAACCCAUUGUUUCAUCUCUCAAAAAGAAUCAAACUUUAUCUCUAAAACCACCAUCCCUUCCUUCAUCCACAUCUUGGUUCGCUCAUGCUCAACAGGGUCUUGCAGCUUUAGCUAUCACUUUAGCACUUAACUUCAGCCCAGUUCUGCAUAGUGGCAAUGCAUUGGCGUCUGAAUUUGAUGUGAUCAAUGAGAGGCCAGCCAAAGAUUCCUAUGUGGUGGAUGAUGCUGGAGUUCUUAGUAGGGUGAACAAGUCUGAUUUGAAAAGGUUGUUGUCUGAUUUGGAAUCAAGGAAGAAUUUUCACAUCAAUUUUAUUACAGUCAGAAAACUCACGAGUAAAGCUGAUGCUUUUGAGUUUGCUGACCAAAUUUUGGAGCGUUGGUAUCCUUCUGUCGAAGAGGGAAACGAAAAGGGUGUUGUGGUUCUUGUAACUAGUCAGAAAGAAGGAGCAGUUACUGGUGGCCCUGCUUUUAUUCAAGCUGUUGGAGAAAAAAUCCUCGAUGCUACCGUUUCAGAGAACCUUCCAGUAUUGGCUACGGAUGAGAAGUACAAUGAAGCGAUUUACAGCACGGCUAAACGGCUAGUUGCUGCCAUUGACGGUCUUCCAGAUCCUGGCGGGCCCGUAGUUAAAGAAGACAAACGGGAGUCUAACUUCAAAUCAAAGCAAGAGACAGAAGAGAAGCGCGGACAAUUCUCUCUUGUGGUUGGAGGUUUGCUGGUCAUUGCAUUUGUUGUUCCUAUGGUACAAUACUAUGCUUAUGUAGCAAAAAAAUAA